GACAGUUUCAGAGACGCAGUCACCGGCUGCACCACGUCUUGGGAGCACAAACAACGCCGCGAGUGUAAAUGCGAUAGAUCGCGAGUCGCCCGUGGUUCCUGAAUACCGGAGGAAUCAGCUGGAUGACUAACGGAUGGACUAACGACCUGAUUUCAAGCCUCAUUGAAUCAGAUUAAUCUUGGAAUUAUUAAACUUUAUUUUGAAAAUUGCGACUAUUGUCGAUUUAGAGAUGAAACGGCAGUGACAGUAUGACUUGAUAUUGUGAGGAAGGUGUCAUUUCGAAGCUAGUUUUGUGACGAGUAUGCGCUGACGGACAAUAAAUAGUUCGUAUAGAACUGAUGGAACACUCGAAUAAAACGGUACAAACAACACUUUGAAGAUUACAUGAAAAAUAUGGAUACUUAAAAUGUACUAUGCUAAUUGUUGAAAGAUAAUUGUUAACAGUGGCUAUUUGUGCAACUAAUGUUUCACUAGAAUUGGAUUACUGCUUCAAAGGUAGAAAUGACAGCAGUUCUAUAAACUGUAUUCAAAUCUUCAAUUUAAAUAUAGUGGAUUUCAACAAAAUCGACUUGCAAAUAAAAAUUCCACGUAUUUUAAAUAAUAUAUUACACUUGCAUAAAGAAAUUCAUGUAAACUCUCGAAGUUUUCAAUUGAUAUCGAGGAUGAAUUUUCAGUUAAAUAUUUGACCGAGUUUUUGUGUGGUGCAGGAGAAACCCCGUUACGUAGAAAAACUCACAAGGGUCUCUCCGAAAAGAAAUUUUUCUCUGGCUUAUAAUGCUCUUGGAAUUUUAGCAGGUAGAAGACAGUACAGGUGACUCAGUGUUUCAACGCGACGGCGAUUUUUAUUGCAGUCUGGUGCCUUUUCUUCAUCAGCUCCGAAACAAGCCAUAAGCAAAUAGUGUACAACAAUUUAUUCGGAAAAUCGUGAUCAGAACAAUUAAUAAUCUAGUAAAGUAUUUCGCAAGUGCUUUUUCCAGUGGAGAUUGCGAUUAAAUUUUCGAGCGAUAUGAAAUAAAUUGAUCAUAAUUUCUAGAGGACUUCUGAGCUCUGACUAUAGUUGGUGUUUUUGACAAAUAUCUUUCUACAGAAGACACGAUUAAUAAUUAACUGACUGAAGAAGGAAAACGAGUGAGAAGUGACACGUUGCCGUGCGCAACUAUUAAUUAGACACAGAGUGUUAAAGAGAAGACUAUAUAAAAUUAUAUGUUUUUGCUACGAAGAUUUCCUGACCGUAUAAAAUUUCGACAGGACGAAGAUGUCAAUCACUAAUUGAUAAUAUAUGCCACGGUGGUAGCUCUCGAGGAGGAUGUUCCACGGGGGCGGAAGUGGCGGGUACGGCGCAAGUUCCGAUUACCAACAACAAUCCCAACAACAACAGCAGCAACACGGGCAGCAGCUUCAGUCACCCGUCUACGUUCCAUCGUCUAGACCGGCGAUACCGUCCGCAGCCACGGCAGCGCAAUAUCACUCCUUCCCUACUUCGUCCUCGCCCGCAUGGGAAAAGACGGCAUCCUGGCAGCACGGAGUGGAAACGUAUGCGCAUCACGCGCUCGCUGGACAUACGAGCGGUACCGCGGCGGCAAUGGGGCCGCAUGCCGGACCUGGCCAUCCGCAUGCGGGACAUCCGCACGCGGCGCAUCCCCAUUCGACCCUGGCCGCGGCCGCGGCCGCACCGUUCUACGCGCAGAACGUCGCGAUGAUGUCCUCGUGGCGUGCCUACGAUAGCACUGGCUUUCAACGCGCGUCGCCUUAUGACACCGCGAUGGAUUUCCAGUUUGGUGAGGGUCGCGAGUGCGUAAAUUGUGGCGCGAUAUCGACUCCGCUCUGGCGAAGAGACGGCACUGGCCACUAUCUUUGCAACGCUUGCGGACUUUAUCACAAAAUGAAUGGCAUGAAUAGGCCGCUCAUUAAGCCCUCGAAACGCCUGAUGUCGGAAUUUCAGACCGCGACGAGGCGACUCGGGCUGUGCUGCACAAACUGUGGCACCCGCACCACCACCUUGUGGAGGCGCAACAAUGAAGGCGAGCCAGUGUGUAACGCUUGCGGGUUAUAUUUCAAAUUGCACGGAGUCAAUAGACCGCUAGCCAUGCGAAAGGAUGGUAUACAAACAAGAAAGAGAAAACCGAAGAAGACCCCAGAGCAAAAUGCUAGAUCGUCCCAGGGAGACCAUGAAACCACUGCCUCGACUACAUCCUCCCCUUCCACAGAUUUGAAGAAUAAUCAACAACAGCAACAACAACAGCAGCAUCAGAUCGAGGUGCCAAAGUCAUCGGGCUCAUCGACAUCGACCGAUAGACCCGUUUAUCUCGGGCAUACUUCUCUCCUGGCCACUGGAAGUGUACCUGCUGUGAAAACGGAACCACGGAGCUGCGACGGCAUCGUUAGUCAGCCGUACUCUUAUUAUCAACACCCUCAUCAACUCGCUGUCACCAGUGAACAUCAACAACAGAGCUAUUACGGCACCCAGGAGGCGCCCUAUCAUCAUCAACAUCAUGUCACUACAGCAGCGAAGUUACUCGCGUCUUCGUAAUUGUUUAGCAAUUCAAGUUUGUUCGCUAGAAUCGCUUUGAAAAGAAAUUUAUACAUGGAAAGAACAUUUUUCCGAUAUUGAAGGAUCCGCCGAGAAACUUGUACGGAAGAUCGUAAUGUUUCUGAUAAGAAUUUAGAAUUGACAAUUGUGAUUGGAACUUAAACCAAUUAUUUGGAAAAAGAGCAAGAGAGACAAAAUUAACGGUUAAAAAACUUCUUUGACAAGUGUGUGAAAGAAAAUUUCUUUUACAACAUGGGACUAGUCAGUGACGUGCAAAUUGCUUUAAAUUCAAAAAAAAAAUCUGCGGUGAUAGAAGCUGAAAUAAAGUAUGAAUCCAAGAGAAGAAUACCACUUCUCGAAAAAGUAAGUUUUCAAGAAAGUGAUUAUCUUCACAUAAAAAUCUGUGCGCGAACGCUUUAGCGUGUAAUAAAUGAUUUGAAAAGAGGCGACAUAUCAUCAAUGUGUCUUAAAAAUCUUUAAUUUUAAACGUGUCGUUAAUAGGCAGGAGGAGAACUCGAUCUCUAGUCAAUGACAGGGAUUAUGAAAAAGUUAUGAAAGACGACGCGUAUUGAAAAUUAUUUCGCUAGUUUAGCGAUAAGGAUUGGAAUGUUAAUAUGAAACGUAGCACAUUUUCAUAUUUAACUUGGCGCUUCUUACGUUUAAAUAUUCGAUACAUGUAAAUAGCUGAAUUACAAUUAGUGCAAGAGUGCUUCCUGGUUUGAUAAAAGCGCAAGGAUACUUAACAAAAAUAACAGAUUAUUGGCAAAGCUCGUGUGCAACAAAUACAUAGACAAAAGUAUUUCGGCAUUUGAAGAGCGAUACAACACAUCGCGCUUGUCACGCUGUUUUUUUUUAGUCUUUUAAUCAGAUAGUAUAACAUUUCAACUUCAACUAAUUAUAAAAGAAUAAAAUGCCUCCGUUAUUUAAGUGUUGAAAUAAUAUUUUUACUGUAUCGAUUAUCCUAUAAUUUUUUGUUACACAGCAAUUGCUGCACGCGGAACCAGAGUACUUAACUGUAAAUAAUCUUCAUGGUAAACUAUUGCAAUAUUAGAAAUAGAUAGACUCUUUCGGCCUCGACGAUUUCAUUGCUUCGUUUACUGUCAUAUACUAGAUUAGGACAUUUACUUGUAACUCUCCAUGAUUGCUUGAAACACACAUUGAAUUAUUCUGCAUGAAAUGUUUUUCUUAAAUGGUCAAAAAAGUAGGUAUACUUUUUACCUUUCGUACUUGAUUUAUCGAUAAGCAUCUUUAUAAUUAUAAUAAAUAAGCAAAAUAAGUACAAAUUUUUUAUUGCAGUAGAUGAAGUUAAUUUCUCGAGGCACGAAUACAUUAUUAUCAGAUUUAGCCAUAAAUCCUGCACGAAUACAAUAAUGAUUCACUUCGAAAAAUAAGUAGAAGUCUGAUGAGCCAUUCUCAUAAUUUAUUGACUCGAAGCCAUUGCUACGGUUUCUUGAUGAAUAUGUUUAGUUAAUAUUAAGCAAGAAUAAAUUUUGUUUUUGUGUAUAGUUCCUCUGUAAACCUACUUUUGCGAUGCGCAAUAAAUAAUUUUACUCCAUUAAGACAACAGAAAA